AUGUUAUUAAUAACAGUGAGAAAAAUCAUUUCACCUCUAUCUUAUUUAAGUAAAACUAUUUGCCGGACUCUCUCUACAUCUGUAGUCGCUAAGGAAGAACAAAUUAAAAUCAAGGAUAGUGUUAUCAACUAUGUAAAAGUUGGUAAUGGAGCUCAUCAUGCCUUAUUCUUGCCUGGAGCUCUUGGGACAAUAUGGACAGAGGGUAAACCUCAAAUAGAGGGAUUCAACCGAGAGAAAUUCACACUUGUGGUUUGGGAUCCACCAGGCUAUGGCAAGAGUAGACCACCUGAAAAAGUAUUUAGUACUGAUUUCUAUGAAAGGGAUGCAGAUGCAGCUUACGAAUUUAUGAAGGCUUUGAAAAUUCCGAAAUAUUCCCUAUUGGGAUUCAGUGACGGUGGAGUCACCAGUUUGAUCCAUGCUGCUAAGUACCCAGAUGCAGUCAAUAAGCUAGUGGUCUGGGGUGCCAAUUCCUUUGUGUUACCUAAUGAAGUGGAAAUGUACAAAAAAAUUAGAGACAUCAAUUCCUGGUCAAAAAGGAUGAGAGAGCCUUUAGUUGAAAUAUAUGGAGAAGAAUUAUUUGCUAAAUACUGGGCUGAAUGGGUUGAUGGAAUGGAAGCUCUAUACAAAACUAAGGAUGGCAAUAUCUGUGCUGAAAUGUUAAAAAAUAUAAAAUGCCCCACAUUCAUACUCUAUGGUCAAAAGGACCCCCUCGUGGACAGUGUGCAUGCCUCUCACUUGCAUACUCACAUUGAUGGCUCAAGGAUACAUCUGUACCCUGAAGGGAAACAUCAUGUUCACCUGAAGUAUGCUGAAGAUUUCAACCAAAGAGUGCAAGAAUUUUUAUUAAAACCAUAAUAA